AUGUUUGCCGCCCUAAUGGACGUGGGCCAGACGUUGGCGGGCAGCCUGGCGGAGGGCAACGGGAGCGGAGUCCAGGGAGAGGGUCUGGAGUUGGGUCCAGGGAUGGGCGUGGAGGUGGGGCAGCACAAUGCCAGCGCCGACGGCGGCAUCGUGCCGUAUGUGCCCGUACUGGACCGCCCGGAGACGUACAUUGUCACCGUGCUGUACACGCUCAUCUUCAUUGUGGGAGUCCUGGGCAACGGCACGCUGGUCAUCAUCUUCUUUCGGCACCGCUCCAUGCGCAACAUACCCAACACCUACAUUCUGUCGCUGGCUUUGGCCGAUCUGCUGGUGAUUCUGGUGUGCGUGCCCGUGGCCACGAUUGUCUACACGCAGGAGAGCUGGCCCUUCGAGCGGAACAUGUGCCGCAUCAGCGAGUUCUUCAAGGACAUCUCCAUCGGGGUGUCCGUAUUCACACUGACCGCUCUGUCCGGCGAGCGGUACUGCGCCAUCGUGAAUCCCCUACGCAAGCUUCAGACCAAGCCUCUCACCGUGUUUACUGCGGUGAUUAUCUGGAUAUUGGCCAUUUUGCUGGGCAUGCCAUCGUUCCUCGUCUCCGACAUCAAGAGCUAUCCCGUGGUCACGGUCAAAGGCAACAUCACCAUCGAAGUGUGCUCCCCAUACAGCGACCCGGAGUAUGCAAAGUACAUGGUGGCGGCCAAGGCGACUAUAUAUUACCUGCUCCCGCUGUCCAUUAUCGGAGCGCUCUACAUCAUGAUGGCCAAGCGGCUCCACAUGAGUGCUCGGAAUAUGCCCGGCGAGCAGCAGAGCAUGCAGAGUCGCACCCAGGCCCGAGCUCGUCGCCAUGUGGCCCGCAUGGUGGUGGCAUUCGUGGUGGUGUUCUUCAUCUGCUUCUUUCCGUACCACGUGUUCGAGCUGUGGUACCACUUCUAUCCCACCGCGGAGGAGGACUUCGAUGACUUCUGGAACGUGCUGCGCAUCGUGGGAUUCUGCACGAGCUUCCUCAAUUCGUGCGUGAACCCAGUGGCCCUCUACUGCGUGUCCGGGGUGUUCCGGCAGCACUUCAACCGCUACCUGUGCUGCAUCUGCGUCAAGCGGCAGCCCCACCUGCGGCAGCAUUCCACGGCCACGGGGAUGAUGGACAAUACCAGCGUGAUGUCGAUGCGUCGCUCCACCUACGUGGGCGGGGCCACCGCUGGUCACCUGCGGGCCUCCCUGCACAGGAACAGCAAUCACGGAGGAGGAGGUGGAGGAGUAGGAGGAGCAGGAGGAUUGGGGUCUGGUCGGGUGGGCAGCUUCCACCGGCAGGACUCGAUGCCCUUGCAGCACGGAAAUGGUCAUGGUUCUGUGGCAGGCGGGGCAGCCUCCGGAUCCGGUGGACGUGCCACGGCCGUGGGCGAGAAGAGGUGAGGCACGCUAAUCGUGGAGCUGCUGGAGGAGGAGGAGGUGGUGGUAUCCUUGCAGGCCGACGAGCAGCUCUGAGCGCAGACAAUGGGCCUGUGAUCUCACUUUGUGCUUGCACCACCCGCACUUCACAUCUCGCACUCUGCACUCGACCCACGACACUAUUCCCCUGUCCCACUGGCAUUUGCCAGGUAAUUUGUUUAUUGGCGCGAGACUGGACUAAUUUGAAAUCGCAUCAAUGCCGAAGCCAACAGGUUAAGCGGAUUUUAUGGCUACGUUACCUUCGCGGAAAUGCCUCUAUAUGUGUAUAUACAUGUGCUUCAACUAUGGGACAUAUGCCUGGAUGGAAGGGAGGGUCGAAUUGGGCGCCAUUAGCAUUUUACUGAACUCAGUGCCAUUGUAUAUACAUAUGUUUCAAACAAACUUUUACUAAUUAAUACGCAAUUUAUGUAAUGUUAUUCUGUGACGUACUUUAGCCGUAUGUUAUUUGUUAAUUAAGUAAGUCACUAAGCACAUUAAAUGUAACUCGUAAUUACCUGCCUCAGUGCAAUAAAAUAGUAUUAUAUAAGCCACGGACUCAAAAAAAACAAAAUGGAAACACAGCCCCAGCUAUUUAUAGAAUAUAAAAAUUGCAUAUAUCAAUAGGCUUAAGGGACUUUAGCGUACAAUUACUGUAAAUAAAUGAAUUCCAUAAAUGUUAAGAGCAUAAAUGUUGUCCUGGAUAAUGUGAAAUUUCAGAGCCGUAAUG